GCCGCAUACACCUGUUUCAGAUUGACGUGUGCCUGAGAUCGUCACCGCUGUUGGUGACAAGAUGGAAAUAUACCUGGAUAGCGGAGUGCGUAAAGGUGCCGACGUGGUUAAGGCGCUCGCGCUAGGAGCUCGGGCAGUGUUCGUGGGACGGCCUGUGCUCUGGGGACUCGCAUGUGACGGCAAGCAAGGUGUCGACAGAGUGCUGCGCAUAUUGAGAGAGGAGCUCGAGCACACUAUGCGUCUUCUCGGUUGUUCCGGCACUAAGGACCUGUGCAAAGAAUUUGUCAUCAACAAGAAUCACCAUUCGCGACCAUUUCGAAGUACCUUAUAAGCGAGGAAGGCAUGGUUCAAGAGACUGCUCAGUUGUGCGGUCGUGUAUACGCUCCAAAUUUGGGAGAUAGCGGAAAGAGGUGACAUCGGACGUGCUUCUUUGAUUUUUCGUGGGUGUUACUGGGGGCCACGACGAGGAACGAUUUUCGUUUUCUUUCACAUUCUUUGUGUCUGUAUGCGUAUGUAUUCAACAACGUUCUUGAGAACCGAAACUUGCAAAGAUUUCGUAUUUGCCAAUAUAUGUAAUCGAUGAUACCAGAAAUUAUUGUUCAAGUGAAUAUGUACAUGAAUUUGUUGAAUAAAGAAUG